AAUUGCUCUUUCUCUCCGUUUCCGAACCUCCGAAAUGUACUUUUUGGCUUCGCCUGCCUCGGUCUGUUCGGCCAAACCUUUGAAACUCUCUUUUUUUGUUUACUUUACAUGCCAAUUCCUUCUUUUUUCUCUCUUUCAUUCUCACAUCUAUUCAGGAUUUAAGGGUCCUGUUUGAGCAUCAGGUCGGAGACGCGGAGAAACGUUUCAACUAGGUAACUUGAGGUGCCAUCGGAUAGUCGCAUUUGUUUCUACUAUCAACUUUAACGCUUCAGAUAACCGCAGGGAAUCUCAAACCUGACUCGCUUUGCGUUUUAUCCUAUUUUCUCGGCGAUAUAUAUUGCGCCUUCGAAGCCAAUUUCUAACAGCUUUCUCGCAAGUCGCUGCGAACAACAGCGAUAACCCUUCUUGCGAUAAUGAGUUCUCCCAAUACCCCUUCAAAGCACGGCAGCCAUGGCCAGUUCCGUCGCCCUUCAUUCCUCUCCAACGAUGAUAGCCACAACCCCCUCGGCACGCGCAGUGGCCAUCUCCAGUCACUAAUCCGCAGUCGCUCCCAACAGAGCAUGCAGAGUCUGAGCAGCUCCCUCCCUGCGCAUUCUGGUGCUUUCUGGAUGGGCGACGAUGAGGAGACUGGAUUGCUUCGCCACGAUAACGAUGAGCUUGGCAGAUUGCUUGCCGAUGAGCGCCGUCUAACCCAGCUGCUUCACGGUCCCCAGAACCGCAGCGCCAAGCUAAUUGGCCGAAGCAACCCUCGAUACCGCUGGGAGCAGUACUGGAGACCCGAGGAAGAAUUGGCUUCUAUGCCCAAGCAUCUGCGCGAUUACUAUGAGAGAACAAACGAUCUCAUUCAGCAAUACCUGUACAUCGAUGCUCUCCUCGACUCGGCGAUCCCCCACGAUCUUCUGAACGAGUAUCAGGCGGAGCUCGAUGCAUCUGCUUUCCGACCAGUUGACGUACCGGAUACCAUCAACGAGGAGCCCUCGAUCAGCACAUCCGAGACCUCCCCUCUUAACACCUCGACUCCUGCCUCAAUCACACCAGGAUCUUAUGGCGCCAUCAGUGUCAAGCACAGCAACUCUUCCACCAAGCUUCCUGCUACUCGCACACCUCAAGACAUCUUCCGGUCGUCCGAGAACCUGCCUCUGCUACAGCACCAGGAUCACGAUGAUGAUGAAGAGCACGAGGUACAGCCCUCGCAACCUGCUAACAAGGACGACGAUAACGGCCCCAGGCCUUUGUUGCCAUGGCUAGAGGAUGCCGAAAUUGACAGUGAUGAUCCUAUUGUCACUCUGGCUAUCUGGGUCAACUUCAUUGCCAACGCCGUUCUCCUUGCCGGAAAACUUGUCGUCAUCAUGUCCGUCCCCUCUAUGUCGGUUCUUGCCAGUCUGGUCGAUGCCGUGCUGGACUUUCUCAGUACUGUUAUCGUAUGGGUCACCACACGUCUCAUUUCUUCUAGCCAAAGCGACCAGCACAGUUAUCCUGUCGGUCGUCGCAAGCUCGAACCUCUUGGUGUUCUCGUCUUCUCUAUCAUCAUGAUCACGUCUUUCUGCCAGGUCGGACUCGAAUGUAUUCAGCGCCUCAUGAGCCCCGAGCAUCCUAUUCUCGAACUGGGCGUUCCCGCCAUCGCAAUCAUGGUUUCUACCAUUGUCAUAAAGGGUGCCUGCUGGAUCUGGUGCCGCGUCGUUAAGAACUCGAGUGUUAGGGCACUAGCGGAAGAUGCAAAGACAGAUGUUAUUUUUAACACUGGCUCCAUCCUGUUCCCUAUUAUCGGCUUCUACGGACGAGUUUGGUGGCUCGACGCCUUCGGAGGAUUGUUUCUCUCACUAGUAGUCAUCUUCAACUGGAGUCAAACAUCAGCGCACCACGUCCGUAACCUCUCGGGCUUUUCAGCUCAGCCUGACGAGCGCAACCUCCUGUUAUACCUGACGAUGCGCUUUGCCACAGCCAUUCGUCAGAUUCAGAACUUGCGCGCAUACCACGCCGGCGACAAGCUGUUUGUUGAGGUCGAUAUUGUGCUCUCUGCCGCAACGCCACUCAAAGACAGCCACGAUCUUAGCGAGGUUCUCACCUACUUCCUUGAGUCUGUGCCUAUCGUCGACAGAGCGUUUGUCCAUGUCGACUACACGAGCUACAACGCCCCAACUCAUAUGCUCAAGGGAUCGGCUGCGAAGCCGAAAUAAAGUUGUGCUAGGGAUUAGCAGCAAACAGCGACCAUGGGAGUUCUCUCACUGUAUGUGUGAGAAGGAAGGACUCGUUUUCCAGAGUCUUCCCGGCCAGGCUCUUGGAGAUUCGAAAAAUCUAUGUCAGAACAAACCCCGCAGGUCAGCCAUGGUACAGAAUUUUGGAUUGCGUUGGAUAUGGGAAAAACUGGCUGUACAAUAUAUAUUAUCAAAAAUGCUUGGCUAAGCUAAUUACUAUAGAAUUGCGGGUGUAGAUGUUGGUCUGCAACCGUUCAUCCUGGAAGAGCAGGGCGGAGUCCUGCACAGGUGUCGGAAUA